AUGAUCUGGAGUCCCUUUUAAUCCUCUCCCGAUCAUCUUUAUUUCUUCGUUUAUUUUCCAAAUCUCAUCCUCCAAUUCCGUUCUCCACCAAAAUCCCUUCACUCCCUCCUUAUCCCUAACCAUUCUCUCAACGCUACUCGCUUUUUCCUUCUGAUUCUACUUGGAAUUCGUCUCAUAUGGCCGCUCAGGUUCAGCCUCCUCCGCCGGAGCAAAACCAACUCGAAAACCUCGACGUCUUCAAGAUUAAAGGCAGAGACAAACAAGGCCGCCGGAUUCUCCGCAUUACCGGAAAAUUCUUUCCAGCACGGAUUGUGAGUUUGGAUGUGGUGAAGAAGCAUCUGGAGGAGAAGAUCUUCCCUAGGCUUAAGAACAAGCGUUUUACGAUCUUGUACUUUCACACCGACGUUCAAAGGAGCCAAAAUUUCCCCGGAAUCGCCGCCCUCCGAUCAAUCUAUGAAGCAAUUCCAGCCACCGUCAAGGCUAAUCUCGAGGCCGUGUACUUCGUUCACCCAGACCUCCAGGCCAGGCUCUUCCUCGCCACACUCGGCCGCAUUUUCUUCACUAGCGAGAUGUAUGGGAAGAUAAAGUACGUGAGUAGAAUUGAUCUGCUGUGGGAGCACGUACGGAGGAACGAGAUCGAGGUUCCAGAGUUCAUAUACGAUCAUGAUGAAGAUCUUGAGUACCGUCCGAUGAUGGACUAUGGUCUGGAGAGUGACCAUCCUAGGGUUUACGGUGCACCCUCAAUUGAUUCGCACGUGUACUCGAUGAGGUGCAUUUCCUAGAUUCCUUUCUUCUUCGUUUUAAAGAAAGGGGGCCCUUUGUUUAAAUGAGUUUGUGUUUGGAUCUUGUUUAGCCCACAUUCUUUUUUCAUUUUGGAUGCCCAAGACCAAGACAUGCUUGUUUAUAUUUGCUUCUUUUUUUCUUCUUUUUUUUUUCUCUUGAAAAAUGUGGUUGUAUUAGAGAAAAAGAAAAAAAAAA